AUUUGGGCUAUUCUCUGUCUACAAGCUGCACAUCUGUUUGAGUCAUGAGUGACACCAAAAUCAUAAAACUAAGUUGGAUUUUCUUUAUGAUCUACUUAGUGAAUUCUAGCCCACCUGAAGAUCCCAUAAAAUGUUCAUACAAGACCAACUUUAACUGCACCAUUACAAACUCAUACGGCGCCUUUCCAGAUCGGGCCAUUUGCAAGGCAGCUCAAGCUAUUUAUCCAACCACAGAAGACGAGCUAAUUUCUAUAGUAGCAAAUGCAACAAGGGAAAAGCGAAAAAUGAAAAUCGCAACUCGAUUUUCUCACAGCAUACCUAAAUUGGUUUGUCUAGAUGAUGAAAACGGGUUACUUAUAAGUACAAAAGUCCUAAACAAAAUCAUAAGAGUCGAUCAAGAAAACAUGAGUAUUACCGUUGAAAGUGGGGUAACGUUAAGACAACUAAUUAAUGAGGCGGGUAAGGCAGGAUUGGUCCUACCUUACACGCCUUAUUGGUGGGGCUUAACUAUUGGUGGAUUAAUUGCGACCGGUGCUCAUGGAAGUUCUCUUUGGGGUAGGGGUAGUUCGGUACAUGAUUAUAUUGUGCAACUUCGAAUUGUUACACCGGCUGAAGCGGCAAACAAUUAUGCUAAAGUCCGUAUAUUGGAAAAUGGUAGUUCCGAGCUGAAUGCUGUUAGAGUGUCAUUGGGUGUUCUUGGAGUUGUUUCACAGGUGACAUUGAAACUAGAACGAGUGUUCAAACGUUCAAUUACCCUUUCAGAAAGGGAUGACUCAAACUUAGGGGAAGAUGCAGCUACCUUUGGGAGACAACAUGAAUUUGCAGAUUUUACAUGGUAUCCUAGCCAGCGCAAAGUUGUUUAUAGGAUCGAUGAUCGAGUUCCUGCCAACACUCCUGGCAAUGCCCUUAAUGACUUCCUUGGAUUUCGCUCUACACCUUCACUCGUCCUCGCCAUUUUAAGAACCACAGAGGAAAGUCAAGAAUUAACAAAUGAUGCUAGUGGAAAAUGCUCAAGUGCAAAACUAACCACUUCCACAUUGAAGAUUGGUGCUUAUGGGUUGACAAACAAUGGUUUUGCCUUUACUGGCUAUCCAGUGGUUGGGUUUCACAAUCGAGUCCAAGCAUCAGGAACAUGCCUAGACAGCCUUGAAGAUGCAAGAAUCACAGCAUGCCCUUGGGACCAUAGAGUUAAAGGUCUAUUUUUUCACCAAACAACAUUUAGCAUUAGCUUAUCCAAAGUCAAAGGUUUCAUUGAAGAUGUCCAAAGGCUAGUAGUUUUAGAGCCUAGGGCACUAUGUGUCCUUGACUUAUAUAAUGGAAUCCUCAUGAGAUAUGUUACAACUUCAAAUGCUUACUUGGGUAAACAAGAAGAUGCUUUGGAUUUUGACAUCUCAUAUUAUAGAAGCAAGGACCCAAUGUCCCCUAGGCUCUUUGAAGAUUUCCUUGAAGAGGUAGAGCAACUAGCAUUUUUCAAAUAUGGGGCAUUGCCACAUUGGGGUAAAAAUAGGAAUGUAGCAUUUAUUGGGGCAAUAAACAGGUACAAAAAUGUUGAUAAAUUCUUGAAAGUGAAACAAACCUAUGAUCAAUUAGGAUUAUUUUCUAGUGAGUGGACAAAUCAAGUUUUAGGCUUAAAAGAUGGGUUGACCAUAGUCAAAGAAGGGUGUGCUCUUGAAGGACUAUGCAUUUGCUCUGAAGAUAUUCAUUGUGCCCCAAAGAAGGGUUACUUUUGUCGACCAGGCAGAAUUUACAAAGAUGCGAGUGUGUGUACUCGUUUGUCGUCGCGGUAAAAGACAAUAAGAGAUUCAGUGGUGUAUGCAGAAUUUAUGUAAAGAAGAAAAAAAAUAAACACAUCAAUGUAACAAGUAAAUCUUAAUUUAAUACACUUAAAUAUAUAUUAAUACAAUAGUUCUUGAUGAA